AAAUUAACUUUAGCGUUUGUCAAGUUAACUCCUAGCCUCAAAGUUAUUAAGAAUGAAGAGCUUCCUGGCAUUGUGUUUACUGGUUGUUCUGGCGUACGUGUCAGCUGUACCCUCGGGAACGUACACUGAUCGUUACGACAACAUCAAUCUUGAUGAAAUCUUAUCCAACCGCCGCUUGCUUAUUCCUUACGUCCACUGCAUACUCGACAAAGGAAAAUGUACACCCGAAGGCAAGGAGCUUAAAUCUCACAUCACGGAGGCCGUCGAGAACGACUGCGCUAAAUGCACAGAAAAACAGCGCGAAGGCACUCGGAAAGUAAUUGGACACCUGAUUAACCAUGAAAAAGAAUUUUGGCAGCAGAUUACCGCGAAAUAUGACCCUACUCAUAAACACUCGGCUAAAUACGAAAAGGAACUAACUGCAGCUGUGAAAGCUUAAUCGCGAAUACCAGCAUCUAAUACGACAGAUAAAUUUAUGGGUUAGUGUAAAAAAUAACCAAAUAGAUAAUUUUAUAUCGGACCCUUUAUUUUGUUUUUAGUUAUAAAUUAUUGAUCUUAUUUUAGAAAAUGGAUUUUUUAUUUAUAUGUUAAACAUUAUUUAUCUAAAUAGUAAAUAAAGAAAAAUAUCGUU